CCAGGAUCCAGGAUGCACCGGACGUUGAGUCAUGACGAAAAGAUACAGGUACCCUGCAUAGAGCCUUGGAUCCUGCACGGAGCGAUAGCCUUUCCCUCAUUUCCUCCCAAAAGCAAAAGCAAAAGCAUCCAAAAACCACAAACACCGUCAAACUGCCAACUCGAUAACAAACUAUCCGCACCAUGAUGCUUCGAUUGGCACUUGUCGCCCUCGUCUCGCUCCAGAGUGUUGUUGCCCAGCAAGCCGAGUGCGAUGGCUAUGGCUACGGCCCGGAUGUUUUGACGACUCAAUUGGGAGUGGACAUGCCCCAGACCUGUUAUGAGGAAGAUGAGACUGGCAACACGCGUUGCUACCACACCUAUGUGCCUCCCUGUGCUGAGGGCAAGCCCAGUCCUCUUCUCAUGAUUCUUCAUGGCAGUGAAAGCUGUCCUGUUGUGAACGCCAAUGAAAACGGUUGGAUCCAAAAGGCACAAGAGGAGUGCUUUGUCAUCGUUUACCCAAUGGGAAACAUGGUUCAAACAUCAUCCUUUCAACUCGAAAUGAAUUGUUGGGAGGUCCCUGGAGGUUUGAAUCUUCCGCCAGCACCCAUUCCCGAUGGCCCAGAGACUGAGCCUUGUUGUUGCUCCACAGAGGAAACGACGGUUCCAGACAGCAUGGACUUGGACUUUCUCCACAAGGUAAUGGAAUCCGUGGUGGCGGAACAAAUGGUCGACCUGUCCAGGAUUUAUCUCUCGGGCCACUCCAACGGCUGCAUCUUGGCCCACGCCUAUCAUCGCACCUACUCGGAUAUUGUGGCUGCCAUGAGCUGUACCGCCGCCCCUGCCAUUACGCCUAUCCCAGACUCGUACAACCCUACUCCGCAACUAAGCAUUCGAGGCCAGCUGGAUGAUAUCGUGGCUUAUGACGGAUUAUUGAUCGAGGACGAGCUUUUUGGAGAGUUCUUAAUCUUUCCAAGUGCCGACGCAUGCUUUGAGGAGUACUUGCAAGCCAAUGGCUGCCAGGGCCCAGAGGAGGCCGAUUCCACCACGGUAGAUGUACCCGAAAUGGAUCUCCCCAAUGUGACUGCCACAAUGGAACAUCGCAAAGGUCAGGGUUGCGCAGCUGACACGGAGCUGGUCAUUCUCAACACGGCAGGACAUGCCAUUGUCAACAAUGGCAUUGAAGCCAACGCACAAGCUGCCAAUACAACCGUGGAUAUCACUUCUCUCAUGUGGGACUUUGUGGCUCGUCAAUCUCGCAGUGAACCUGCUGCACUUACUGCUACUGCAGAUGCAGGAGGAGACGAAACAGACGCUGCUGAUGGUGAGCCAGACACUGCUGACGGUGAGCCGGACGCUGCUGACGCAGGAGGAAACGGAACAGAUACUUCUGACGGUGAGCCAAGCACUGCUGAUGGUGAGCCAAGCGCAUCUUCUAAUAGUACGGAGGGCGAGUCCAUUGGAGUUGUUAGUGUGGGACCGCACGCAGUGGUUCUUUCCAUUGCUGCUCUGAUCUGUUCCUUCUUGGCCUACUGAGCGAGGAGGGCAUCAAUUGUCGAACCGUGCCAAGUAUAGUAAAGUAAGGCUUUCUAAGACAUACUGUAUACGCCUUUGGAUACAGAGACUCCGAUUGAUGCCUCCCCAUGAUGAUUUUUUAAUAACGUAGCUUGGAGGGAUUGAUCAAUGAGACUUGGUUCCCUCCCCCCAACAAAGCAGAGGAGCUGCCGUACUAUAGAUACUAUCCUCAGUGGGAUGUACGGCGCGCACCAUCAUAACUGCUUCUGCAUUAAAAUAAAAUGAGACUUCGUUCCCACCCAAUAAAGCACAGAUCUGUCACCGCAGCAUUGGCCAGGAGUCUUGACUUGUUUGGGGCUGGUUGGCUUUUUUUUACAGUCCGGCCGACUCAACUCAGCCCUUCUUCCUUCUUCAUCAAUGGAAGCGGGCUUGGUGCGUGCCAAUGUUCCGAAGAUUCCGGUGGACAGCUGAUCCCACGUUAUCCAACCUUGUCAAAACCGGAGGCAAGUUAACCAACCUUGGAACCCAAUGUCUCUUCAGCACAAGCGGCUUUCGACACCCAACAU